AUGAAUUUCUAAUCACUAUCUUCUACCAUAUUUGCGACGGCGCACAAACGUGAAAUACUGUGAACCACCACAAUCAAGGGACUGAUUCAAGAUGUCUGAGGAGGAUGGACUAUCCGCCUUGAAGAAGCCGAGGGUUCACUAUGGCACACUGGAGGAGCAUCUCAAGAAAACUGGUGUGUCAGAUGCCACCGGCAUCGUUCUUGAAGCUGGCAACAUAAACAUGUCUGCCGGUGAAACAUUUGACAUGGAGGAACAUAUCAGUGAAAGAAGGAAAGAAUUAUUGGCAGAGUUUGAAAGAAGAAGAAAGGCAAGGCAAAUCACAGUUUCAACAGAUGAUUCCGAAGUAAAGGCACAGCUUAGGAAAUAUGGAGAACCUAUCUGUCUGUUUAGUGAGGGCCCAGCUGAAAGAAGAGAGAGGCUACGCCAUCUUCUUGCUGCUCUGGGGGAGAUGGCUGACCAAGACAAACAAGCCAAGAAAGCCAACAAAGAGAAAGCCAAAGACGGAGAAGCGGAGAAACAAACUACAUGGUAUCAUGAGGGCCCAGCCAGUUUGAAAAAUGCCAGACUUUGGAUCGCUGAGUAUUCAUUACCAAGAGCCGACAAGAGAUUAGAAGAAGCUAGAGAAGCCAUGAGGAUCCCUGAAUCACAGACCAAUGCCAGAAGACAGGAACUGCACAGAAAGGCCAGGAGUCUAACAGCAAUAGGUAGUCAGAUUGGAGACACAAGGCCCAUCUCUUAUUGUCGUUUCAGCCCUGACUCAAGACUACUUGCCACAGCAUCAUGGAGUGGUCUUAUCAAGCUGUGGACAUCACCAGACUUCAGUCAUUACAAGACACUGAGAGGCCAUAAUGCCCAUGUGGGUUGUGUGGUGUUCCAUCCUCAGGCGACGCUCUCACUCUCACCCAACGCUUGCUGUAUGGCUUCGUGCUCAGCCGAUGGUGCAGUCAAACUCUGGAGCUUUGAAAGUGAGGAACCCGUUGCUAACAUAGAAGGGCACGAAGCCAGGGUAAGCAGAGUAGAGUAUCAUCCAUCGGGCAGAUUCCUAGGCACAGCAUGCUUUGACUCCUCCUGGAGACUGUGGGACCUGGAGGUGCAGGAGGAGAUUCUCCACCAGGAGGGGCACAGUAAAGCCGUCUACUCCAUCGACUUUCAGAAGGAUGGUGCCAUAUGUGCUACAGGUGGUAUGGAUGCAUUCGGUAGGUUAUGGGAUCUGAGGACGGGCCGUUGUAUCAUGUUCCUUGAAGGUCAUCUCAAGUCGGUACUUGCUGUCAACUUCUCACCGAACGGCUAUCAGCUAGCUACUGGAAGCGAGGAUAAUACAGCUAAGAUAUGGGACAUGAGACAGCGGAAAGUACUCUAUACCAUCCCUGCACAUCAGAAUCUGAUUACGGGACUCAAGUUCCAAGGUACUACUGGAGACUACCUCAUUACAUGUUCAUACGAUGGCACAGCCAAGGUAUGGGCACAUCCAGGCUGGUCACCUCUCAACACGCUGGCAGGGCAUGAUGGGAAGGUAAUGUGCGUCGACCUUUCACCCGAUGAGAAAUACAUAGCAACAUCUUCGUUUGACAGGACAUUCAAAUUGUGGGCACCAGAGUGAAACAAAGUGUGAUUUUUUAUUACUCUUUUUUGUUUUUCUUCUUCCACCUUGGAACUGUGCACCAAAGUUAAGGAUAAAGUUAAGUUCUGGUUAAAAAAAGAAAAUGAAUUCUCAAACGAAACUUACACUUAAUAUUCAAGAUUACAAAUAAAUGUCAUUUGCCA